AUGUGCGGCGUUGGGAUGCUCUUAGACGUCAGCAUCACCGUCUACUUUCUAAAGAUCAACGGCUGGCUUAACACCCUUCCGUGUCGUUCUUGUCCCCAUCAUGACUCGUCCCCUUCCGCUGUCCCUUACCUUUCCCAAUCGUUACCUCCCUGCCACCUUUCCAAACCCCCGUACCCCGCGUUCCCCCGUUCCCCCGUGCGUCCGCGUGCGCGCGCAUGGCGCAGGGUGGAGGCGUUGGGCCCGCUGCAGGUGAAUGCGGCGUUCAUUCUGAAUCAGGGCCGCGUCACCGUCGGCACAGCAACGUCGCCUUAUGCCGGCAAGCUAACCGUCAAUCUUACCGGUGCCGCCAACGAGCUCACCAUCACUCGCCCCCCCGCCGCGCCGUACCAGCCGCGCUCCGUGGGCGUGCGCGUGUUUGCCACCGUCGGCGGGCGGCUCGAGCUCAACGGCAUGUACGGCAACGCGCCCGCGUGGACCACGCUCGCCGCGACUGCCCCCGCGGGCGCGCGCGCAAUCCGCGUAAAGGGGGACGUGAGCGCGUGGCCGGUGGGCGGAGUGAUUGCGAUCACGUCAACGGAUUUCGACCGUUACCAGGCGGAGAACUUCACAAUCAGAUCCGUGGCGCGAGGUCCGGGCAACACGACGGUGCUGGGGCUGCGCGGCGCGCUGGCGUGGAUGCACUGGGGGGAGGCGGUGGCGUCGGGCGUGGCGGGCGCGACGGUGGACGAGGCGGCGGAGGUGGCGCUGCUGUCGCGCGCGAUCGUGAUUCAGGGCCACCAGAACCCCGAGGACCCGCUGAUCGGCGGGCAUUUCAUGGUGAUGCAGACGGCGGAGCGGCAGCUCAUCAAGGGCGUCGAGCUCGUCAACAUGGGCCAGCAGGGCAACCUCGGCCGCUACCCCUUGCACUUCCACCUCUGCCAGAACGUUAAGGGCUCGGUGGUCAGCAGUUGUAGCGUGCAUGAUAGUAAUCAACGGUGCUACGUGGUGCACGGCACGUGGAAUCUGCGUCUGGAGUGGAACCUGGGGAUUAACACCAAGGGGCACUGCUUCCUGCUGGAGGACGGCAUCGAAACCGGCAACGUGUUUUAUAAGAACCUAGGGUUUUUGCAAGAGCCUCCGCAGCGCAUGCUGACUCCGCUCGACGCGAAACCCGCCGUACAGAGCGACAACGCGCCGUCGACGUUCUGGAUCACGAACCCCAACAACACGUUCAUCGGGAAUGUCGCAGCGGGGUCGAGCGAUUCGGGAUUCUGGUUCCAGCUCGAGGCGGACGUGAAAGGGCCGUCCGCGUUAUACGCGCGCGCGGCGGCCAUGGCGCCGAAGCUCAUGCCGCUGGGUUUGUUCGUGGGCAACGCGGCGCACUCCAACGGACGCGCUGGGCUGCGCACGUACCCCUCGGGGUACCGCCCGCGCCUCAACGGGGGGGUAUCGACGCAGCAGGAAUAUUCGGGGAUCAACGCGUCUCUUGCUUUUUCCCCGCCCUGCCCGUUCGUCUGCCCAUGUCAGCCCGCAGCGAACAUUACAUUCAAGGGCUUCCGGGCGUACAAGAACCAGUUCAUAGGCAUGUUCAUCCAUGAGACGGAUUCACUGACCAUCACAGAGGCGCAGGUGGCGGACAAUGCCAUUGUGGGCAUUGAGCUCAACCGCGACCAGGCCGUCACGAUCUCCAACUCGGUAAUCCUGGGCGAAACAGACAACACAGGGAACCCCCUGGGGUGCGACAACACGCACACAGAGUACACGGCCUGCAAGUCCCGCGUGGAAAAAACCGGCUCCUGCGACCUCCCGUUCGCCUCCACCCCCGACGUGGCGCGCUCCAACUCCCCCACCGUCUCGCGCUACUGGACCCAGUUCGGUGUGCUGAUCGACCAGGACGAGUACCCGGGGCACGGGCGCAAGGGCAUGCCGCACCGCAUCGUCAACUGCACGUUCGGGAAGUUCUUCAACAAGUGCCGAACCUCGGCCGCGGUGACAGCCAACGGGCACGGCACGGACAUGUGGACCACUGCGCAUAGCAGCGCGAGGAUAAGGAUGGCGGAUCGCUCUCCCUUUCUCUGGAUGGUUCCGCGGCAGCUGGGGCAGCUGGGGUUUGAGACUGGCGGAGGGGACGCGGGCCCGCUGACAAGGUUUCUCACGUGGAAGGAUGAAGAUGGGACGGUGCUGGGCGGUACGGGUGGGUAUGCUGUGGCGAAUACGACUGGGCUGGAACCCUCGUCGACUGUUGGCUGCUCUCCGCGGCCGCACUGGAACGGCAUGGCGUGCCCGCGAGCCUGUUACCGCAGCGUGGGCAUCAUGGGCGCGCCCUUCCUCCUCACGCGAAUCGCAGACGGCACAGUGAUCAACCCCGACGGCGCACGCUACGUCAACCUCCCCGCCAACACCUCCUACCUCAUCACCUUUACCGCUCUCCCCUCGGGCCCUGUGUCUCUCGCGUACACGGACCAAGGGCUUAGUUGCUCCUCGUCCGUGGUGCUGCAGUUGGCGCCUCCUGCGCCCAGAAUGGUGUGGCAGGUGGCUUCGGCGCCGAAAUUGUUCUGGCAGUGA